AUGCCGCUUUUCGGCGCUCAACAUCCUGCACCUCACUUGGAUGACCACAACUACGACCCACACUCGCCAGGUCCCUAUCAGCACGGGCCAUCGGGCAGAGACUACCUGUCAGAUCCCACUCAUCCCGACUAUGACCCUGCCGUUGAUCCGAAUCUGCAAUUGCGCACAGUGCGGACAGCAGCAGAAUCAAUAGCUGAGAGUCACAGAUCAGAGGCGCGGCGAGAUGCACGCAACAAGGCCAGAAAAGGUAGCUUGCUGGGAAAGCUUGGCAGAGGCAGGACACUGUUGAGACGCGGAGCGAGCACCAAGCAAGGAGGAGCGCUCAAAGGCUUGCUAGAGAACGAAUUUGGGCAUCAUGGACCUGGUGGAACAGGGGCGACUGGGACUGGUGGGGAAGGAGUGGGGGUGCCAUUUGACUCUGCGCAGCAAGGCCAGACGCCAGACUACCCCACGCAAGAUGCAGCUAGGAGAGCAGAGCAGGAAGCUUUCCAAGAAGCUCAGGAAGCGCACGGCGAGGCGACGGAGGAGAGCUCAGGGAAGCUCGACACCGGCAUGAAGAAGAGCAAAUCGAAGAAACCUCUGCAGCGCAGAAAUGUCUACCUCAACACUCCGCUGCUACCACAAGACGCUGCAAAGAACGGCGAGCCGAAAGCGAAAUACGCGAGAAAUAAAGUCCGCACGUCCAAAUACACAUUCGUCACUUUUCUGCCGCGCUUCUUGACGGAGCAGUUCAGAAGGCUGGCAAAUGUCUACUUUUUGCUUCUAGUCGUCAUCCAAAUCUUUCCCCAGUUUGGUGCGACCAUCCCGCAGAUCGCAAUGCUUCCCCUUGUGGCCAUUCUGACCAUCACUGCCAUCAAGGACAGCAUCGAAGACUAUAGGCGGCAUGUGCUGGACAACACAGUCAACAAUAGUGCGGUCACGAGGCUCGGAGGUUGGCACAAUGUCAACCUGCCCAAAGACGGGCGCAGUUUCUUUGGGAAGCUCUUUGGAAUGGGCGGUCGCGACAAGGUGUCAAAGGGUGUGCGCAAGCUGCGCGAGAAGGAAGACGCGAUUGGCAUGCGAAUCGUCAAGGGAGAGUCGAGCGGUGCGCAGAGCAUGACCAGGGACCAGACCCAACGGACAUUCCGCAGCGACAGCCUGAACAGCGGACAAGGCUUCAACAACCAGCUGGAGACGAUCGCUUCCGAGAGCGAGUGGGGCCACAAAUCUGCGAAGGGACCAGCUGCCGGCAAUCUCCCGCAAGCUGGUGGAUCUGCCAUGUCCUUUGGAACAUCAACGGGUGGCGCUGCUGCCCAGUAUGGCGCUGGACCUAAUGGUGUUGUGGACUAUAGAAGGUCGACUUCUGGCUCUGCAAGGUGGGAGCGAACACUGUGGAAGAAGCUCGAGGUCGGUGACAUCGUGCUGCUACGCGAAAACGACCAGGUGCCUGCAGAUCUCGUCCUGCUCAAUUCUUCCGAUCCGGACGGCAAUGCGUUCAUCGAGACGAAGAACUUGGAUGGAGAGACGAAUCUGAAAGCGCGAAAGUGUCUCAAGGCCACGAUGGGCAUACAAACGGAGGAGGACAUUGAGCACGCGCGUUUCAUCAUCGACUCUGAACCGCCUCACGCCAACCUCUAUUCGUACAACGCACUCCUCAAGUAUCUCGCGCCAGCCGGUCCGGGCGAUGAAUAUACUGAUGCAGCUGCCGGUCCUGGAGGUCGCGGAGCGCCAGGCCAGGAGCGAAUGGUCAGCAAGGUGGAACCCGUCACUGCGAACGAGCUGCUCUUGAGAGGGUGCGCUCUGCGAAACACCGAAUGGGUCAUCGGCAUCGUGGUGUUCACCGGCGCAGACACCAAAAUCAUGCUCAACGGAGGAGAAACGCCUUCCAAGCGUUCAAAGAUCGAAAAGGAGACUAAUGUCAACGUCGCUGUCAAUUUCGUCCUGCUGCUUCUCAUGUGCUCUGCUUGUGCUACCGUCGGUGGCAUCAUCCUCAACCAAACGAAUACGAGCAGGAGGUUUUACGAGCCGGGCGCCUUGGACAGUUCUUCCAACAUCAUCAAUGCGCUGUUCGUCUUUGGCACUUGCUUGGUCCUCUUCCAGAACAUCGUACCCAUUUCGCUCUACAUUUCUAUCGAAUUGACCAAGACGAUUUCAGCCUUCUUCAUCUACCAGGAUGUCGACAUGUACUACGAGCCCUUGGAUCAUCCCUGCGUACCCAAGACUUGGGGCAUUGUGGACGACCUGGGUCAAAUCGAAUACAUCUUCUCCGACAAGACGGGAACGCUCACCCAGAACGUGAUGGAGUUCAAAAAGUGCUCCAUCAACGGCAGUGCGUACGGAGAAGGGAUCACAGAAGCCAUGAUCGGGGCGAUGAAGCGCGAUGGAAAGGACACUUCUGGUCUGAGCGCGGAUGAGCAAGAGGCGAAACUGGAAGGCUUAAAGACAGACAUGAUCGACAAGCUCAACAGGACGUUCAAGAAUCGAUACUUGCGGCCUGACCAGACAACGCUGAUUUCUCCACAGCUUGCGGACGAACUCGGACCGUCUUCGCCUGCUGGCCCGGAGCAGCGCCGCAAUAUCAUUGCCUUCUUCCGUGCCCUAGCACUUUGCCAUACUGCCCUUGCCGACAGACCGGAAGCCGCGAAUCCCUUCGUCCUGGAGUACAAGGCGCAGAGUCCUGAUGAGGCUGCGCUUGUGAGCGCUGCGCGUGACGUCGGUGCUGUAUUCAUCAACAAGAACAAUACGUCGGUGGACAUCGAAGUGGCUGGUCAGCCUGAGCGGUACACUCCCCUCAAAGUGCUCGAGUUCAACAGCACGCGGAAGCGAAUGAGCGUCAUUGUCAGAGAGCCGGACGGAAGGAUUCUCAUGAUCACCAAGGGUGCCGACUCGGUCAUUUACCAACGUCUUAGGGGCGAUCACGAUGCGCAGCUGAAGGCGCAAACCCAAGCGCAUCUCGAAGAAUUCGCCAAUGCUGGUCUUCGCACGCUGUGCAUUGCCUAUCGAUACCUGGAAGAGCGCGAAUAUGCAGAGUGGGCCCGCAUUCACGAUGAAGCUGCAGCUAGCUUGACUGACCGCGACGACAAGAUCGACGAGGCCUGCGAAAAGAUCGAGUACGGUCUCACGUUGCUGGGUGCUACCGCUUUGGAAGACAAGCUGCAAGUGGGUGUGCCAGAGACGAUCGAGAAGCUGCAUCAAGCCGGCAUCAAGCUGUGGAUCUUGACGGGAGACAAGCUGCAGACGGCCAUCGAGAUUGGCUUCAGCUGCAACCUCUUGUCGACCGACAUGGAAAUCAUGAUCAUCUCGGCUGAUCACGAGGCAGGUACGAGGACUAUGCUGGAAGCUGCUUGCAACAAAAUUGCCGCUGCAGGUCGACCUGUGGUCAUCGAAAAGACGGAAAGGCGAGGCGGUAUCCUGAAGAAGAGCAAGCACCGCCUUGACAUCGCUCGCACUGGUAACGCUCCAAGCGGCGGCUUUGCAGUAGUCAUCGAUGGUGAAACGCUCCGGUACGCUCUCGACCCUGCGCUGAAGCCCAUGUUUUUGGCCCUGACAACACUCUGCGAGACAGUCGUCUGCUGUCGUGUCAGCCCUGCUCAGAAGGCCUUGACUGUCAAGCUCGUCAAGGACGGCAAGAAGGCCAUGACUUUGUCGAUCGGAGACGGCGCCAACGACGUCAGCAUGAUCCAAGAGGCGCAUAUUGGUGUCGGUAUUGCUGGUCUCGAGGGGGCUCAGGCUUCGAUGAGCGCAGACUACGCCAUCGGUCAAUUCAGAUAUCUCGCCAAGCUUUUGCUCGUGCACGGUCACUGGAACACUUAUCGUAUCGGGGUGCUUCAUCAAGUCUUCUUCUACAAGAACCUCAUCUGGACCGGCGCUUUGCUGCUCUUCCAGAUCUUCUGCCAAGCGGACGCGACGUACCUCUUCGACUAUGGACUCAUUCUGCUCUACAAUCUCGUCUUCACUUCUUUGCCCGUCAUCAUGCUCGGCGCACUGGAUCAGGAUGUCCGAGCUCCAGCAUUGAUGGCCUUUCCCCAGACGUACCGACCCGGUCGAGAAGGCAAACUGUACACCCGCACCCAAUUUUGGACCGCAUGCAUCGACGGCAUGUACCAAGCCGCAGCGUGCUUCUUCGUCGCAUGGGCAGCCUGGUUCUACUUCCCUGCCGUCAUGGCGGACGGUAAAAGUCUCGACGCUCUGACCGCCAUGGGAACGACGGUCGGAACAUCUUGCGUUAUCGCUGCAAACUUGUACUGCGGACUUGCGCUCAAGAAUUGGUCCAUCAUAAUCUGGGUCGUCAUUGCCUUGUCGAAUCUCGCCUUCUUCAUUUGGAUCGCCAUCUACAGUGCGCCGGCGUGGGGCAACACUUUCAGCCCGACCGCUUUCAUCUUGUUCCAGACCAUCCAGUUCUGGGCAAUCGUCCUGCUGUCCGUGCUCGUCUGUUUGCUGCCGCGUUACACUUGGAACGCAUGGCAGUCCUCCUUCCAUCCCACCGAGAUCGACAUUGUUCGACAAGGCUGGAUCGCUGGAAAUAUGAAGCAACGGCUUGGCAUCAAGUCCCACAAAGCGCGCAAAGGAAAUGGCAGACACGGAGAGAAGGCAUCGUACACCGACUCGCCCGAUGUCAAUCUUGGCGCGGCCGAGCUCGGUAAAAGCGAUUACAGCACGCAUCACUCGACCUCGCCCCAAGGUCGUUCGCGUGAAUUCUCGGGUGGCACAGCUUCGGACUCCUCGCUCUCGCCCCUUCCUACCAACUACGAGCAACGGUACGGAGAUCGAGCAGGAAAUGAGGCACGACAGCCGGAUCCUAAAGCGCGAACGUCCAGGACGCGCGACUCGCUGAUGCCGUGGGGCGGUCGCAGCGGUACAGCGAUGAGCUUCUACGAUCCCGACCAGCUGCCGUCCACGUCUCAUACCCCUGAGCCAAACAGUCCUACCGGGCGGCGUGCAGACUAUGCGAACAGAGAUGACGGUACGCAUUCACCCUAUGUCGACGAUGACGAGGCACAUGAGGGAGAUGACAUGCCCCAGAUCAGAGUGCAGAGGGCCACUGUGGAUAGACCAUUCGCUUAUGCGCAACCCAACAGCCAAGCCAACAGUCGGACAGCGCUCGCCGCCCAAUCGACCGACUCCUUCGAGCAGCAUUUUGAGACGGCGUUUGGCGACAAUCAGCGUUCUCAGCAGCAGCAACAACAACAUCAUGCGCCUUCGCCGUUGAGACAACCAUUAACGAUCCCCACCGUGAACGUGACCUCCCCGCAGUCAGCUUCGCCUGCAGAUCGGUAUCACAAUCGAUUCAACACAACCUCGCCUCCCGCGCAAGCUGCACCGCACGACGGCACACCACGGCAGAGCGACUUUCCUUUGCCAGGGACACAUCCUCGCGAUGACUCGGCCAUGACCCAGGGAUCGUGGCAUAGCGCUCAUAGUCAGGAGCGGUACGGUGACGAUAGAGAUGCGCAGUGGAGAUAG